UCAAAACAGCACCAGCAGUAGAAGAAGACAAAGAGGGCUAGGCCCGCAAGAAGCCACGAAAUCUUGAAACCCAUCUCGAUUUCCCUCUGAGAAAACCUCUUUUUCAUACCUCCAUCAAAACCCUUUUCGUCUAGUUGACAGGAGGGUGAUAAUCAGAGGGGAAAAAAAAAAUGAGUGGUCAAGUGCCUCCAGCUUCUUCACGGAGGAGCAGUUCAAUGCUUCGACGAAAUAAUCCAUCUACAUCCACCAGGAAGUCGUCAUCCACUCAAUCGGAAAAUGGAACAACCGCCACCGGAGCCACCAAUGGCCAUCCCCUCAAAUCCCCUUUGUCUACUCCCUCUGGUGAAAGGACUGUGAAGAAGCUUAGGUUGUCGAAGGCCCUCACCAUACCUGAAGGGACCACUGUUUUGGAUGCUUGUAGGAGAAUGUUAGCUCGUCGUGUUGAUGCUGUGCUAUUGACGGAUGCUGAUGCUUUGCUUUCCGGGAUAGUCACUGACAAGGAUAUAGCAACCAGAGUUCUUGCAGAAGAACUAAGGCCAGACCAGACUAUAAUUUCAAAAGUUAUGACAAGGAAUCCUACUUUUGUCUCUUCUGAUUCUUUGGCAAUCGAUGCCCUUCAGAAGAUGGUCCAAGGUAAAUUUAGACAUCUCCCAGUUGUUGAAAAUGGAGAAGUUAUUGCAUUGUUGGAUAUCACAAAGUGCCUAUACGAUGCUAUAUCUAGAAUGGAAAAGGCUGCUCAGCAGGGUAGUGCUAUUGCUGCUGCUGUUGAAGGAGUGGAACGCCAAUGGGGAAAUAAUUUCUCUGCACCUUCUGCUUUCAUAGAGACACUCAGGGAUCGAAUGUUCAAGCCCUCUUUGUCAACCAUCAUUGCAGAAAAUUCCAAGGUUGCAACUGUUGUAGCAUCAGAUCCUGUUUGUGUUGCUGCAAAAAGGAUGCAGGAGUUGCGAGUUAAUUCUGUUAUCAUUUUGGGUGGAAAUAAUAUCCAAGGCAUAUUAACUUCAAAGGACCUUCUCAUGCGAGUUGUAGCACAAAAUCUUUCCCCUGAGUUAACACUUGUUGAAAAGGUCAUGACACCAAAUCCUGAAUUUGCAACAGUGGACACAACAAUCCUUGAAGCAUUGCAUAUAAUGCAUGAUGGAAAAUUCUUACAUCUUCCGGUUGUAGACAAAGAUGGAAGCAUUGUGGCAUGUGUGGAUGUCCUGCAGAUAACUCAUGCAGCUAUCUCAAUGGCUGAAAAUGAUUCAGGUGCUGAUGUGGCAAACACGAUGAUGCAGAAGUUCUGGGAUUCAGCUCUCAACCUAGAACCACCAGAUGAUUAUGAUGAUAGUCACAGUGAAAUGUCUACGUCCAUAAUUAUGCCAUCUGAUGCUUUGGAAGGAGGGAGGUCAUAUCCAUCUCUUGGUCUUGGGAAUUUAUUUGCCUUCAAAUUUGAAGACUUAAGGGGCCGUGUACACAGAUUUAAUUUUGGCACAGAAAAUUUGGGCGAGCUAGUUUCUGCUAUUGCUCAAAGGAUGGGUAGUAGUCUUGAUCAAAAUUGCCCUCAACUUUUGUACGAAGAUGAUGAGGGCGAUCGGGUUUUGCUUAGUACAGACAAUGAUCUGGUUAGUGCCGUUAACCAUGCGAGGUCGGCGGGACAAAAGGUAUUGAGAUUGCAUUUAGAUUACUCUGAUUUUAGCGAGCGGAAAAGAGAAUCACAGCCAUUGAUGGCUAUAGAAGAGCAAACAGUAGAUACUAUCUCAAAAUCGAGCCAUCUCCAAACUGGGAUGUUGGCGAGUGCAGCAGUUAUUGCAGGCAUCGCGUGUGUGGUCUACUUGAAACGCUCCAACCAGUGAUCAUCGUUAUGGAAGUUUUUCCUUUUAUGCGACAAAAAUGGCAUGAAGCCCAAAUGGUGGUGGUUGUGAAAAACAAAACAAAUGACCAAAUAGAUGUGAUACCAAAAGAAAGAAAAUGCAAAUUUCUGUCAUCAUAAAUGUUCAUAUAGCUACAGUUUUAUAUCUGAAGUGGUUUUGAGGACCACAUACUGAUUGAUAUCUGGUAAUCUGGAUUCUUUUUAGUCAUUUCCUAUAAACAUUGUACAUGAAGUGAUUUCAUCCAAGUAGAUGGUGAUUGAAAUGAUAAGUCAAUAUGGUCAUACCUUCUGAUUA